AUGGCCACCGCCCGGCUGCUGCUGCUGCUGCUGUUGCUGUGCGCCCAGCCCGGCAUCUGCCCCCAGCUCUGCCUCAACGUCCCCGGCUCCUUCCACUGUGCCUGCCGACCCGGCUACCAGCGCCAGCCCGGCAGCGAUGCCUGCCUGGAUGUGGAUGAGUGCCUGCGGGACCCCUGCCCUGGGCCCUGCCGCAACCUGCCAGGUGGCUUCGAGUGCCUCUGCCCACCCGGCUUCCUCCCAGAGGAGGAUGGACAUGGCUGCCGUGCUGCACCCACUGCCGGAGAGGAGCCCGCAGUGGUCCCCAACAGCACUCCACAGACCUCACAGCACCACGGCAUCCCAUGGACCACGGGUGCCUUGCAGACCACGGGCAUCCUCCAGACCACAGGUGCCCCAUGGACCACGGGCAUCCCCCGAACCCUGGGCAUCCCUAUCGGGGCAACGCCGCCAGCCCCCACGGCAGUAGGGUCAGUGCCUGGCCCUGAGCACAGCGCUGAUGGCCCCAGGCUGCUCCUCUACUACAUCCUGGGCAGCCUGGUAGCCAUCCUGCUGCUGCUGGCCUUUGCCCUGGCCCUGCUGGCCUGCAGGAAGAGGGCGGCCAAGCGGGAGAAGCGGCCGGCCAAAAGUGCGGCAGACAACUACUGCUGGGUGCCGGAGCAGUCGGAGAGCCGCGGGGCGGGCGGUGAGCGCAGGUAA